AUGGGUUGCAACCUGAAAGGUGGGUAUAGUUUCCUGCAGAUGUUUAGCUGUCUUCGACGUACGGUGGCGAUGACAGCGGUGUGCAUGGGCCAGCGCAGGCAUUUGCACCGGACGACAGCGCGGUCAUUGUUCGCACGUAUGUCGGGUGAUUGGAAGUGCACUUGCGGUUUCUCUAACUUCGCCUCUCGCACCAUGUGUUUUCAAUGUCACCGUGUGCGGCCGACGCAUCACCGCGGUGUGGAUGACACACGCUCAGCGGACGUGCAGCACGUUGAGUUUAAGAAAGGCGAUUGGGUUUGUACCUGUGGAACUCACAACUUUGCGCGACGUGAAAUGUGUCUUACCUGCGGUGCAGGACGCCCUGGAGGCAACAGGGAAAAGUCCAUAGGAGGAGGAGGAGGAGGAGGAGUAAGCGGAAAGAUAGUCCCAGGGGAUUGGAUUUGCGAAAAGUGCAAUACGCACAAUUUUCGAGGUAGAAAAGAGUGUCUGCAAUGUAGUUGUAAACCAACCAUUACCCCCAAUUCAUCAGGAAUUGGCGAAGACACCAGUGCCACCACUGUCACAGUCAACAAUAACAAGGGUGUGAGAACCCCGCCUUGGACGUGCUUGACAUGCCACACCGUUAACUUAAACAAUGCCAAAUCGUGUGAGGUUUGUGGCGCUGUUUACGAGGUGUCGUCAAGUACCUCAAAACCAGCCUCUUCACAGCCUUCUUCUUCACAAACAUCCUCUUCAACUACACGUCCAAACGACUGGAAAUGCGAUCAAUGUGGUUUUAUUAAUUUUGCAUCCCGGGUAAAGUGUAAAAAUUGUAAGACAGUCUCUCCUUUGUCAGAAAGCGCAAAUGAUCCAUCACUCUGGGUUUGUGAAUGUGGAUACAAAAAUUUUAGAGAUCGUGAAUCAUGCCGAGAGUGCGGUAAUUGUAGAACUUGCAGAUCUUAA